AUGAGUUGUCUAAGUUGGAAUUGCCGAGGGCUUGGGAACCCUCGGACAGUUAGAGAACUUCACUUUUUGGUGAAGAAUAAGGCCCCAAGUUUUGUUUUCCUGAUGGAAACAAAAUGUAAAAGAUCCAAGGUUGAGAAAAUCAAGAGGUUGCUGAAUAUGGAAAACAGUUUUGUGGUGGAUUGUAAAGGCUUAAGUGGUGGUCUGGCUUUCUUAUGGAAGGAGGAUGUGGAUGCAGUUCUGGUGUCUUACACUAUGAAAGGUAGUUGGCAGUUGCUUAGAAAGUUGAAACCAGAAAAUGAUGUGGGUUGGCUUUGUGUUGGGGAUUUUAAUGAAAUUAUUAGCACUAAUGAAAAAGUUGGAGGGCCUCUAAGACCCUAUGGUCAGAUGGAAUGCUUUCGAGAGGCACUGGAGGAUUGUGACCUUACUGAUAUGGGGUAUGUGGGGAACAAGUUUACCUGGUCUAACAAUCGUGGUGGGAUUGAAUUCACUAAAGAAAGGCUUGACAGAGCCUUGUGCAACCCUCAAUGGGCUGCCUGGAACACUGGAGUAGUGACCCUUUCAUUAACUGCACUCAAUUCAGAUCACUGUCCUAUUUUCAUCACCAAUGGAAAUCAUCAGCAGGGUGCAGGAAGUCAUACCAAAAUUUUCAGAUAUGAGGUGAGUUGGGGUCAAAGAGAAGAGUGUAACAAGCUAAUUGCUGAUGAAUGGAAGAGACCUAGGUUAGCUUCAAAUGAGCUGAGCUACACUACUGAAGGUUUGAAGAGGUGCCAAUUUAAACUACAACAGUGGAGUAAACAGGCUGGGGACAAGCAUGACAGCAUAAAAGGCUUGAAAGCUGAGUUUGAAAAAGUGUUGGAAGAGGAGAAUCUAAAAUGGCAACAAAGAGCAAAACAGAGAUGGCUUAAAGAAGGAGACAGGAACACGAAGUAUUUCCACCAGUGUGCUUCUCAAAGGAGGAAAGUGAUUAGAAUCAGCAAACUUAUUGAUGACAGAGAUCAGGAAAUUACCAAUGCAUCUGCAAUUUGCCAGCAGUUUCAAGCUUUCUUCCAGGAGCUUUUCACCACUGCUAACCCUCAGAACAUUGAUGGUUGUUUGGCAGCCACCAAUCCCAUAGUCACAAAUGAUAUGAACCAAGCAUUGAUGAGGCCCUACUGUGCUCAGGAGAUUGAAGAAGUUUUGUUUCAAAUGGAUGGCUUGAGCUCACCUGGACCUAAUGGCUUUCCAGCAGCUUUUUAUCAACAAAACUGGGAUGUGGUAGGGAGGCAGAUUAUCUCCAAAGUCAUAGCCAACAGACUUAAGAAAAUUCUGCCUAGCAUCAUCUCUCAGAACCAAUCAGCUUUCAUUCCUAGAAGGCUUAUCUCUGAUAAUGUAAUAGUUGCUUUUGAGGCUUUGCAUUCUAUGAAUUGUAAAAUGGCAGGAAGAGAAGGGUAUAUGGCAAUGAAGCUUGACAUGAGCAAAGCAUAUGAUAGGGUUGAGUGGUCUUUUCUAAGAGCUGCCUUAUGUAAAAUGGGGUUUGAUUUUGCUUGGAUAGAGUUGGUGAUGAGAUGUGUGGAAUCAGUGUCCUACUCCAUUUUAGUCAAUGGUGUCCCUCAAAGUGAGUUUAGACCUUCAAGAGGCAUUAGACAGGGUGAUCCAUUAUCACCUUAUCUCUUCAUAAUGUGUGCUGAAGCUUUGAGCUCUAUGAUCAGCAAAGGGGUAGAAGAAGGAGUCAUCUCAAGAGUGCCUUUUGCAAGGGGUAGAAUCAGAAUUUCUCACCUGUUUUUUGCUGAUGACAGUUUGUUAUUUUGCAAAGCAAAUGCUUUGGAAUGGGGUAAGCUGCACAAUAUGCUGAAAAUUUAUGAGGAAGCCUCGGGUCAAAGACUGAAUCUUAAAAAAACCUCAAUACAAUUCAGUAGAAACACUGCUAAGGCAACUCAAGAUUUCAUCCUUAGCAUUGCAGGAGUGAGGUCCUCAAUGGCUUAUGAGAAGUAUCUUGGUUUACCAACUGUUGUUGGCAAAACAAGAGAGAAAUCAUUCAGAGAUAUUCUGGACCGAGUCAGAAUGAGGGUUUUAAGAGCCAAGUACUUCCAAGAGACUUCUUUUAUGAAUGCAGAGUUGGGUCAGAAACCAUCAUAUAUAUGGAGUAUACUUAAAGCAAGAAACCUGAUUGAUGCAGGCUAUUUUUGGAGAAUUGGGUCUGGUGAUAAGGUCAGAAUUUGGGGAGACAAAUGGCUACCUAAGACCAUACCAUCUAUAGUUAAAAGCCCAAUAUCCCAACUUGAUGGCAAUGCUAAAGUUCAAGAAAUGUUAAAGCCAGGGGAAAAGAGAUGGAAUAUGGAGCUUGUGGAACACAUCUUUUGUAAAGAAGAUGCUGAUCUCAUUGCUCAAAUUCCAAUCAGCUCAUCCACUAGUCCUGACCAACUGAUAUGGAAAGGAACCUCUUCAGGUUUUUUCACAGUCAAGAGCGCAUACCAUAUGCACCAGGAGAUGAACCAAGCUCUUAAAGGGCAACCAUCGAGCAGUCAUAAUUUCAAGGAGGUUUGGAAAACUCUCUGGCAACUACAAGUUUCACCAGGAGAGAAAGUGUUUCUGUGGAGAGCUUGCUUAAAUGCACUUCCAACUCAGUCAAACCUUUUUAAGAAGAAGAUUGUUGAACAUCCAAAGUGCCCAAUUUGCGAGAUAGAGGAAGAGACAGUAGCACAUGCUUUAUGGGAUUGUGAGUCAGCAAGAGAUGUUUGGAGCCAAUGUACCAAGAGCAUUCAGAAAAGGCAUUUCCCACAUAUGGAUUUCUCAGAGAUUUUCAAAGCUAUUGCAGAAUAA